ACCUGCACCUUCAAAUAAUUCAAAUCUCUGCGGUUUUAUUUAAUCCAGCAAUGUUUGGGAAGCAGCACAGUGAGCUCAGCACACUGCCCUCGGUCGGUUAGAGAUCAUUACUGCAUGCGGGGAGGGAGAGCAGUAUAGCAGUGCUCUCUGGCUCCUCUCCCUUCAUUCUCUAGAAGAUGGCGGACUGCGCUUCACUGUUAGAUGAGGAGCUCUCUUCAUUUGUCUUCAAUUAUUUGACUGAAAACUCCGGAAGCCAGUAUGGGGAAGAGGAGGUCUGCUCAGACCGCCUUGAUGCUGACUUCCCUGACUUUGACCUCUCGCAGCUGGACGCCAGUGAUUUUGACUCAGUGAACUGCCUCAGUGAGCUGCAUUGGUGCAACGAGCACUCGGAUCACUCUCCUGCAUCCAUACAGUACAGUGCUGGAGACCCAGAGCUAUUUGAGGAAGAAAAUGCGGCACUGCUCGCUGCCCUCACAGACAGCCUGGACGGCAUUGUUGAGGACGGAGUCGGGGGUCUGUCUGUGUUCCCUUCCCUAGGGGACGACCCUGAGGAGGGCGAGGAGGAGGAAGAUGAUCUCCCUUUGGACAGUGAGCACUUCCCUGGCUCACUGAGCCCAGAGACGGAAGAACCAUCUCUACUAAAAAAGCUCCUGUUGUCGCCCCCUAAUGUGCCUGCGGGCCUCGAGUCGCACAAAGACGGCAGCGUGCAUCGCCAUAGCAGCAGGAACCAGCACGUCAAGCCCGUGAGGCCCGUGCUGAAGAAGGGCAAAUCAAGCACACAGGAGCGUAAGCCACGACCAGUGAGGCCCACCGGCCGUCUUUGCACUGAACUCCACCGCCACCUCACCACCGCACGGGAGGCCGAGGACACAGAGGAAGAGGAAGAGGAGGAUGAAGAGGACAGUGACUCGGAGGAGGAAGAGGAGGAGUCAUCCAGCAGCGAGAGUGAGAGCAUGGUGUGCAUUGAGCCACCGAAGCCUCAGUUCUCCUCAGAGAAGGAACUGCACUCAGUAGUGGAGCUCAUCAAAUACAUGCACACAUACUGCCUGCCGAUACGCAAACAGGCCAGCUGGGAUCGCAAAGAGCGUGAGGCUUUGGCACGAAAGACCAAGCCCGAGAGCUCGCAGGUCCCACGUGGCCUUCCUCAAAGCUCUCAGAGACCGGCUCCCCAGACCAGCAGUGGGACCAGGCCGAGGGUGCCCUUCACUCGCCGCAGGGAAACCAAAGCCCACUCCCUGCUCAAGGAGAUGCUAGAGGCAGUCAGUUCCUUUGACGUAAGCAAGCCUUACAGAAUGCACAGCCCCCCUUAUAUCCACUGCAGAGGGGCUGCGACUCGGCCCGGCGCUGACGUUUCUUCCUCCCCUGCACGUCAGCCCAAAGCUGAAGCUAAAGACUCAGACUGUGAGAGCUUGCAUAAGGCCACAAAGCGCCCCAAAAGCCCAGAGCCAGAGGAAGGCUCCUUUUCAGUCAGGCGUUCUCGCCGGCUAGCCUCCUUCCCCAGCCGAUUCGCUAAGAAAGUCCGUGAGAACUGUGGGCGGUUGGAGCCUAUUGCUGGGCAAUCCAGGGAAGAGGAGAACGUGGUCAAACAUCCUCCCACUGAGCCUCCUUCUGAUAGCAGCCAGAAGACCAACUCCCACAAGGCUUUUGAAGGCCAUUACCCAUCCAGCAGGGACGAGAAACGGUCCUGCCUCUGUCUGCCGCUGGCAUCCAAAUCCAAUGGAGACACGCAGUAUGCCAACAAACCCUUUGAGCAGACUCUCUGUGUGGAAUUGUGUGGCACAGCAGGCCUGACUCCCCCCACCACACCCCCUCAUAAACCAGUGGAGGAUGAGCUCUUCAAACCAGACGGAAAAGCUGAGCUCACCACCAAGAGCUCGUGCCUGGCGCGGGCGCACAUACGCAAGCUCCCAGAGCAGACAGAACUGUACGCCCAGCUGCGUAGGAUGGGCCAAACGGGCGACACAGACUCUAAAGGUGGGAUGCAACGUGGGUACGGGGACCACGAUUACUGCCUAUUGGGCCUGGGAGAGAGUCGCAAGAGAAUGGCUGCGGCACUCGGCUCUCAGUGCCAUGUGGAAGUGGGGGAGAAGGAGGAGGAUGAGAUGGAUGUGAAGAACUGGGAGAUUGAGGGACAGGAGGAGAGGCUCCUAACGAACGUCCCUGACUACCAGCCAACGACUGAGGAUGAAUCGACCACUGCGUUGUUCACGCCCAGUCCAGAGCAGACCAGUGAACCCUCACCUGUCCGUUCUCCCACCCCAGACCUGGACGCCCAGUCCCCAGUUUCCUGUUCGCCCCCGUCACCCAGCUGCAAACUCCCCUUCAGCGAUGAGAGCUCAGAGACAUGCCACGAAGCAACUGAAAAAAGGAGCAAGACAAAGUGUGGACAAGAGAAUGAUGUGAACAAGUGCCAAGUGAUCUACAUUCACAACCUUCCGAGCAGCGUCACUCAGUCCAUGCUGCGUAAGCGCUUCGAGGCCUUCGGCCUUCCAGAGGACUGUAAAGUGGUCAUCAAAACCGACGAGCGUUGUGGAGUGAUCACACUGAGGCCCACUCAGAACGGCCAGACCUCACGGCACAGGUGGGACUCGCUUGGUCCGAGCGGAGGGAACGGCAGCCGGCGGUUUGGCAGGAAGCGUUAUAUAGAUCUGGAUGAGGCGGGUCCAGGUCCGGUGAAGAGCAAGUAUGAUGCACUGGACUUUGACGCUCUGCUGAAAGAGGCCCAGAGAAGCCUGCAUCGCUGACACAGCUUACCACGCCUCCAGCGUCACGCCUCGUCCGAGACUCGCCUCAGCACCUCAACCAAGGCACUUCUUCAUGUUUACAUUUUGAACAUUGGAUUAAAAAAAUAGACCUUGUCACUUCUAACUGAGGAAUCGGAGGACAUUGGGGCGGGAGGAUUACAAAUGAACAGAAACGGCUCUGAGACACCGGACACAAGUGCUGCUUCUCGUGUGUGUUUGAUGCCAUUCAUGACGUCGCGAGCGGCUCGGGCUUCGUAGCAAACCGCACUCUUUUCCAUUGGUAGUUGUGACGUGCGUGUGGUUUUUCUUUUUUUUUUUUUUUUCGUACCCCUUUUGUCUUCUCUUCAUAGACCUGCAAGGUGCUUUCACCAUUUUGUCGUACAAAUAUAUAAACAAUAACUGCUUUGUAUUAGCAAAACUUUGUGGAUGUUCAACUCUGUGUGCGUGUGUGUGCGUGUGUGUGUUAUGAUGAAAAGUGGAAAAAACGACAAACAAAAAAAUCCUACAAGGUAGAGUUUACAAAUCAAAAAGUCAAGAAAAAAGUAGUCUUUUUGUAAUUUUAGUGCUUCCUUGAUUUCAUCUAUGCACUCAAACGAGGUAGUGCUUCUUUGGUCUGGCCUCUACCCUCCUCUGCUGUGGGAGGGGCUUUUGCUGCUGGAGUCCAAGCCCGACUGUACUACCUUAAAGCUCAUUUUUUGACAAUAAAAUACUCUCUCCUAUCCAAUGAAGAGAUUCAAGUAAUCACAAAUCCUGCAAAGUGUAUCAAAAUAUCGCUCUGUUUGUUUGAGCAGCCUGACACAGCCAAUGGUGUGAGUUUGGGGGCGGGGCUAUCUAUCUGGUUGACCAAUUGUUAACCGGUUUCCAUUUUUUGACGCAGAAAUUACUCUUCACCUUCAACUUACCCGUUUCCAUUACUGUUUUAUUUGCCAGAACGCGACCCAAUCCAGUGGGUGACAGAAAGGUUUUGAUUGUUUCCCGAGAAAUGGAAUGUACCCAUCACAAAUGCGAUUGUAAUGCCCAUCCUAUUGGUCUUGAUUUGAAAGUACAGUUGAGUGGUUGGACUCUGCCAGUAGCAUAGCCCUGACCGGCAUCCAGGCGGUCGACUCAUUGGAGCGCUCCUGUCAUCGGUUGAGAGAAGGGUAGCGGUAAACUAGGAGGAAGAUCUUUCCAGAGCUCAAUCUCAUUAGAGAUACGGUCGUAUCUCUGCUUUGUUUACAUGUCACUCUCUCAUACUCUUUCUCUCUCUAAGCUCAAACACUCUUUUUUUACUCUCUCCUUUCUGACAGGGGAAGAUCUGCGGGUUUUUUCUAGCUCUUACCUUGUGGCUACUUCUCUAUUUGUCCUUUGUGUGUAUUUUUUGAAGUCUAAACGUGUACCAGUGUAUAACUGCGUGUCGUCCGUGUCUUUUAUGGGGUCUAGGGAUGGGUCUCUGUCCCUUAUUAUAUGCUGGGACCCGUUGCUUUUAUUCUGUGGGGGUCUCCUCGAACCCUCGGCCUGUGGAUUUAGUGCAGUUGUGAGCGAGUGAGCGCAUGUAUGCGCGUGCUGGUUUAGGGAGGGCCGUCCAUCGGCUCUUUGCUCCCUGCCUCUCCCCUUUAUCCCGAAACACACCCCCACCCCCCAAACCUGAAUGUUUACAUGACUGAAUUCUCUUUCGACUUUUACUAGAGCGCACACUAAGUACAGAACGCCUUAUUCAGUGUUAAAGUACCCUAUCAGGACGUGCCUUUCGGCUUUCCCUUUUACGGUACUGGGCUUGUUACUUGGACACGGCCUCUGAAUAUUACAGACCAUUUCGCCCAAUAAGAUCUUGAGAAAACAAACUGAAUGAGUGUUUGUGCUUAGUAUGUAUACUAAGUGAGAGAUGUGCUGGUUUACAUGAUUAUAUAUAUAAAUAGAAGUAUAUAAUGUGUAUAUAGCACUGUGUCUUGUGUAAACAUGAGAUGUAUGGUUAUGUGCUGUACAGCGAUGUGGUAAACGUGUGGUUUUAAAUGGUGAGUCUGAUUGGUUGUUGGUGAACCCGAUGAUGCGGCGUUAAGCAAUACAGGGAGAUCCAGAAGGGAAUUUUCAUUGAUAUGGCUUCAUAAGUCAAACACUGUUGUAUAAAGUGUCCCUUUAGAAAUGGUUCUUGUUAAUUACUUUAACAUGUUUUUCUUUUUUAUGCAAUUGAGAUGCAAUAUCGCUAGGAGAGCCUUUCUCAUUGAAGAGAUUGGUUGUUUUAGGGUUAUAGGGGAAAUCGGAUCUUGUACUGUAU